UAAGAAACAGCAAAAUGAAACAGACCCUGACGAAGUACAGGCUCAGUGACCACAGCCUGUGUGAUCUCCUGUCUCUCAGUAAAGCUCCAUGUGUCUGUAUGUAACUGUAUUAUGGUGUGUCUAUAUUGUAAAUAUCUGUAGAUUUUAUGUUCAUUGUAUCUGCUUUGGCAACACCGAUGUAUUCACUGGUGGUCCAACGGAGCGUCUUGAACUGGAAAUUGAAUUGAACGAGUGAAGCAGAGAGACGGGGAAGAUCUGCCGGUGAGAUUGAAGGACUUCUACACCGGACCCGGCGGACUGCGGUCACUCUCUCCUGCCUCUCGCCGGCCCGAGUGAGCUUUAACACGGCGGAGUUGAUCAUUUCCCGGCGCCGGGGUUAAAUAUCCAACCCGGGUUUGACUCCGGCGAGGGGGGGGAGAGAUCCGCGCGGCGGCGUCCCGACAUCCUGGGAAUCUGCAGAAUUCCCGUUCUUCGGUGCACGUGCGUCGGAUCGCGACAAAGCGCACGAGACGAGAGGAAGGAGAGCGUGAGACCCGGACAGCCCACGAGCCCCACCAGCCCCACGGAAUCCGCCGCCGCUGUGUCUUUAAAUGAGGCCCCGUGGGAGGCUCGCAGAGCGUCCUUUGGUUCCCAAGGAAACGGAGGGGAGGGGGGGGCAGAUUUUCCUUCUGUGACAUAAAAGCAGGGCAAGUUUCCCCCGGCAGCGCGCGGAGCGGCUCCGGGUCCCGGACUUCGGCUUGGACGGCGCUGACCCGGGCAGCCCCAGCUCGAGCCCCACAGGGACAGAGAUGGAGCCCGCAGAUGCCCGUCUCUGCCCAGCGCCUGCCCUACGGCCCCUCCCUGCCCCUGCCCCCCCGGCAGCCUGGCGGGAGCCCGGCUCAGGCGAGCUCGGCCUCCAGGGCUGCGCAGACGAGGACCUGACCUGCCUGAGCUGGCUGCACCAGAGCACCGACCUCCUGCACGAGCUCCGGCUGGGGGAGACCCAGCCCCCCCAGAGCCCCCCCAGCCCCCCCGCCAAGCCCCCCUACUCCUUCAGCAGCCUGAUCUUCAUGGCCAUCGAGGGCUCUCCCCACAAGCAGCUGCCCGUGAAGGAGAUCUACCAGUGGAUCCUGUCCUCCUUCCCCUACUACAGGCUGGCUCCCGCUGGCUGGAAGAACUCCGUCCGGCACAACCUGUCGCUCAGCAAGUGCUUCCUGCGUGUCGGCCGGGAGCAGGGCAGGAGUGUGGGAAAAGGCUCUCUCUGGUCUGUGGCACCUGAAUACAGAUCUGUGCUCCUGGAGGCCCUAAGAAAGACGAACAGCCUGAACACAGUUCACACCCUGCCAGGACUGUCAGAGGUCACUGUCUCAGGGGAAACUGUGGUUUGUGGUGCUGAACGUGUCGAGUACAAUGAGCCCCUGUCCCCCUCACUCCCCCUCUCCCCCGCUCCUGUCCUGCUGGGUGACCCCGGCCCCUGGGAGACGAGCCCCGUGCCCUCUGACCCCAGCGAGGACCACAACUACAGCAUCUACCAGCUGGCGACCAGCCUGGCCGGGGGCGUGGCCCUGCAGCUGGAGGUGGGCGUGGAGGAGGAGCUGGUUGCCAUGGAGGCGAUGGAGCUGGGUGUGGCCGAGAAGGACCCCCUGGCGGACAGCGGGUAUAUAGAGUACCACGAGUACCUGGUUCUGCCAGGAGAGCCGGGCCUGGACCUGGAGACUGUGGAGAUCCUGCAGCUGGACCAGGAGCUGCAGGAGGCGGCCGGGUCUCUGCUCAACCUGGCAGGGGGUGGGUACUCUCACUGAGGGACUGACUGACCGGGCAGUGGACAUAUUGACCCACACACUAACUCACUGACCAGUCAGUGGACACACUGACCCACACUGCCUGACUGCCCAGCCAGUGGACAUACUGACUCACACUAACUCAUUGACCAGUCAGUGGACACACUGACCCAUUCUGCCUGACAGACAGGUCGGUGGACAUACUGACCCACACUGCCUGACUGUCCAGCCAGAGGACACACUGACCCACACUGCCUGACUGUCCAGCCAGUGGACAUACUGACACACACACUAACUCCCUGACCAGUCAGUGGACACACUGACCCAUACUGCCUGAAACAGAGGCCAGAGGAUAUACUGAUCAACACUGCCUGACUGUCCAGCCAGUGGAUACUCUGACUCACACUGACUGGAACACUGCCUGACUGUCCAGCCAGUGGACAUACUGACUCACACUGACUCACUGACCAGCCAGUGGACAUACUGACUCACAGUGACUGGUACAUGCCUGACUGACUGACCAGCGGGGACAAUGACCCACACUGCUGGACUGACCAGCCAGUGUAUGCACACACUGCCUGAGAGGCUGAUGGACAGACACAGGGACUGACGGACUGACUGUUCGUGGCAGUCUCAUGCUGGAUAUAUAAAAAGCAAUAUCUCUUCCAGUCCUUCUGCUCGGGGCUCAGAACCACAGAGGACAGGGAAUAACAGUUCAAGGGCUCCACCUAGUGGCCACACUGCCAAACAGCACUUUGAGUUCAAAAUGGGAGGGCAGGAUGUCACUAUUUCACAAGACAAUUGUGAAAUUUCUGCACUGGUCUGUAUUUGUACAUUUACUAUGGAGACCAGUGUCUCUAGAUUUUGUUCCAAGCUGAGCAGCUGAUUAAACCUGGAAGUAUUACAA